GCAAAAGGCAGGCACUAAAGACUUUCACCCCAACUCACUCCUUGUGUCACUUACUUUACUUUUCAUCAUUAUGACCUCACUGGCAUUUCAUUGACAGAUUUUUAAUAUUUUGUUUCAAGUGAUAUGGCUCCACAAGAGCUUUAUUGAGUUUUUUUUCCCUCCUCAAAACACAGCAACUAAACAAAAAAAGCAAAGAUUUCUUUUUCUUUCUUUCUUUCUUUUUUUUUUUAAAGAACAAGUGAGCAGAGAAUCCGUCACAAUGGCGCUGGACACCGAUUUUGGUGUGAAGGGCAGCAGCAUCAUCAGGGAGUGGAGCGGACAGGUCCAGCCUGCUCUGGUCGCCUCCUUCGUUUUCCUCUUCUGCCUGGAAGCCUGUCUGUGGGUCAGGAACCUCCGACAGAAGAGAAGACUGCCGGGACCCUUCGCCUGGCCCGUGGUGGGCAACGCCAUGCAGCUGGGCCAGAUGCCUCACAUCACCUUCGCACGGCUGGCCAAAAAGUACGGCAACGUGUACCAGAUACGACUGGGCUGCAGUGAUAUUGUGGUCCUGAAUGGAGACAGGGCGAUACGUGAGGCUCUGAUACAGCACAGCACAGAGUUUGCAGGCAGACCAAACUUUGUCUCUUUCCAGAUGGUCUCUGGAGGCAGGAGUAUGACAUUUACUAAUUAUGGCAAACAGUGGAAAGCGCAUAGGAAAGUAGCCCAAUCCAGCCUCAGAGCCUUUUCCUCUGCUAACAGUCAGACCAAAAAAGCCUUUGAGCAACACAUUACAGCCGAGGCCAUGGACCUGGUGCGGUCAUUUUUGCGCCAGAGCGCUGAUGGACGGUAUUUUGACCCUGCUUACGAGUUUACAGUAGCCGCUGCUAACAUCAUGUGCGCUCUGUGCUUCGGGAGGCGAUACGGACACGACGACCUGGAGUUCAGGACCCUGCUCAAAAAGUUGCAAAAGUUCGGAGAGACAGUGGGGGCAGGUAGCUUGGUCGAUGUCAUGCCCUGGCUUCAGUCCUUCCCCAACCCGGUCCGCAGUGUCUAUGAAAACUUCAAAAACCUCAACGAGGAGUUCUUUGCCUUCGUGAAAGAUAAAGUGGUGCAGCACAGGGAAUCCUUCAACCCAGAGGUGACCCGGGACAUGAGCGACGCCAUCAUCAAUGUCAUUGAGCACGGGAAGGACAGCAGGCUGAGCAAAGAGUUCGUCGAAGCGACCGUCACAGAUCUAAUCGGGGCAGGUCAAGACACAGUAUCGACUGUCAUGCAGUGGAUCAUGCUGCUGCUGGCCAAACACCCAGAGAAGCAAGCCAAACUGCAAGAGCUCAUGGACAAAGUAGUGGGCCGAGACAGACUCCCGUCCAUCGAGGACAGAAGCAGCCUGGCGUACCUGGACGCUUUCAUCUACGAGACCAUGCGCUUCACCAGCUUCGUCCCCGUCACCAUCCCACACUCCACAACGUCAGACGUCACCAUCGAAGGUCUCCACAUCCCCAAAGACACCGUGGUCUUCAUCAAUCAGUGGUCCGUCAACCACGACCCUCUGAAGUGGAAGGAUCCGCACAUCUUUGACCCCUCGCGCUUCCUGGAUGAAAACGGGGCCCUCGAUAAGGACAUAACCAACAACGUGAUGAUCUUCUCAUCGGGGAAGAGGCGCUGCAUCGGCAACCAGAUCGCCAAGGUGGAGGUGUUUUUAUUCACGGCCAUCUUGCUGCACCAGUGCAGCUUUGAGAGCGACCCCUCAGAGCCCCUCACUCUGGACUGCUCCUACGGGCUCACGCUGAAGCCCCUCCGAUGCUGCGUCAGCGCCCGGCUCAGGGGGAAGCUGCUCGGCUUAGUGUCCCCAGCAUGAACAGCAUGUCCCAAUACUGUGUGACUCAAGGCCAGCAAACACUUUUCCACCAAUGAUGUGUAACAGUGAGUAUCAACAUACAGCACCUGCACUAAAUUCUACGGUUGUUCGUCAUAUUUAAUAAUGAUAUUUAAUGGCUAUCUUAACACAAACUGAAUAUUAAGUAUUGUUGGUGCAGGGCUGAGAGUAUGUUUUACAUUAGCUACAGGCUGAAUUCAAGGUUGCUGGGAUCAGGGCAAAAUGUAUUAGAUUUCUGCUUCACAAGAUACUUUAUACUUGAUCAGAUUUUGUACAUGAUUCUGAGCUGUGUGCAUGUUUCACAUCCACUAUUGAGCAUGUACUUGUACGUUGUGCGUGAAGGAAUUAGCUCCUUUUCUUUUAAUGUCAAUUUAAACUAAUAUAACUGUGUAAUAAGUGCUUGUGAAUGUUAUAAAAAGGUCACGUGAUGACUCAUUGUUUUCGACUGUAAUAUGUAAGAAUAUAUUUAACCUUUGCCACAUAAAAGCAGUUACAAAAUAUUUUUUUAUACUUUCAUAUUUCAGGUAUGACAAUAAGCAUCAUGAAACUUAAUGUAUUUCACUAUCUACUGUACUCAAAGCGUAUGAACACAUUAAAGAAAGAUGGCUGAUCAAAGUGUUUUUUGGAAAAAAGAAAGAUAGAUAGAAAGAAAGAAAGGCUGGCAUGUUUGCGAAGGAGGAACUCUUUCAUCAAGGAACACGCAUCUUAACGCUGGAGGAUGAAGGAGAGACUUUGCCAUGAACCAUGAAGACUUCACAAACUUUUACGCAUCCAGGUUUUACUGUACGGGCACUGCCAAACACACGUCACACUAGUUCAACAACAACAACAAUAUGAAAAAUAAAAAUAAAGACACGUGCAGCAGAUAUCUGUCACUCACUGAAUUAUCGUCACAAACAUGUUUACAAAGCAACCUCUUCAAAGUUACGCGAAUGUCACUGCGCUCUCUUUAAGCCUCUGCAUUCAGGAAUUGAUGUUAGAGCACCCAAGGGACGUGUCACUCUGCUCCGUCUGUGUCACAGCAACAAGUACACAAUUUAAAAAAAAAAUAGAAAAGAAAGACAACAGCGGAGUCGGUCUUGAAUGUUUGAGCAUUCAUCGUGGAAGAUGUUUUGUUAUCAAUGUGUUGGCUUUACAUGAUGGAAAAAUAAGCUAUAUCUGAAAUGAAUAAAGUGAAUUGUCAGUGG